AUGUUCGUUGUUUGUAAAACGUUGGGACAAUAUAUUGUGGACCUGGACAAGUGGAUUGAGAAAACAAAACUAGACAUUGAUGCGGCGCAGAAUUCAGUCCAGAACAUUUCAAAUGAGGUGAAUGGAAUUGCUAAAUCUCAGAAUUUGCCCAAACUUGAAUCGGCGAUUCACAAGGUUGAAACCGAGUUGGAUGGCAGAGCUAAGGAUUUACAAAAAUGGAAGGCAGCGGCGGAAAAAGUACUCCAAGGAACGAUUGAGAAGGGGUAUGAUGUGCAUAAGAACAUGGAUCCCACUCAACAAAAAGAUCCCCCUGGCAAGAUGACAAAGAUUGGCAAAGGACUUCAGCAGAUUACUACAGCUAAAGGAAAAGUUUUGCAAGUUAAUACUAGGCUUCAAGAUGUUCACAAAGAUUUGGAAGCCUGGAAUUCCGCGGCAAAAGGUGUGCUCAGCAAUGUGGUUCAGAAGGCGCAGAACGUACAUACAAGGUUGGAGCCUACUGGUUCACAAACUCUUGCCACGAACAUUAAGAUCAUUGGAGACGCCAAAACGCAACUUGACACCGCAAAUGGACAACUUGACAAACAAGUUCAGAGUCUGAAUUCUUGGAUCUCCACCGCUGAGGGGAUCCGUCAGGCCGCCGAGGACAAGGCCAAGGAAGCCUACGACAAGCUGAAGGUUAAUGAGACAUUGGACAAAAAUGUUAAGUUAAUUGUGACAGCUAAUAAGAAAAUCAACGAAGUUAAUAAAAGUGUUACCGGCCAUCUUGGGAGUUUGGGAGCGUGGAAUAAGCAGGCCAGCGUAGUGCUUGGAGGGGCGAUUGACAAGGCCAAUGAGGUGUAUGAGAAGUUGGAUCCUAGUGCUACAGGGGAUCCAAUUGGUCAGAAAAUUGAAGGAAUUAGUUCAUCUAGUGACUUAAUUAAAAAGGCAAAUACGGAGCUUGCUAAAGAAAUUGACCACUUAGGUAAGUGGAGUAAGGCCGCCAGGAAUGUUAUUGACAAGGCGGAGCAGAAGUGUGAUGAUAUACUUAAGAAAGUAAGUCAAAAAGAUGCUGAUGGCGUAAUUUUCACGCAAGCUCAAAGUUUACAAGAUGCGGGUAAAAAACUUUUGGACGCUGCGACUGAGGCUAAAAAUAAAGUUGGACAGUAUGUCACUGAGGCGUUGGAUGCUGUUGUAAAAAUGGACACAAGUCUCAAGAAGGAUUUGAGGACAGUGAAAGAGAAGAUUAAGGGAGGGAUAGAGAAUGUAAUUGAGAAGUUGCAGGUUACUAAGUUGGAUGGUUUGGUGAAGAGUGAUUUGCAGAGUUUGAAGGAUAAGAUUAGUGGGCUCACAAGUAGAAGUAGUGAGAGUAAGAAAGAUAAUGGUCAAAUCAUUAGUAUGCAUUUGCAAACUCUUGAAGAUGCAAAAAACACGUUUAAUGAAAAUGGUGUUCAGCCAAUUAAUGCGAAGUUGGGGGAGAUGGAUAAUUUGUUUAAGACGCAUAUCCAACAUCCGCUUGAACGUGACGUCCUUGCAGUUGACACAGCGAUUGGGACGCUUGGCGGGAAUUUCCAGCUGAUCGAUCCAAACAACCAGAAGCUUGAAGAGAUUUUUAAAAAGAUUAAAGAACAGGUUGGGGAGAUUAAGGGGACGGUGGGGACUAAAAAAAGUAGUUGGGAAAUUGAAAACGCCACAGGUCUGACAGGGAUCGCACAGGGAGUGGACCAUUAUUUCAACUUUUUCAAGGGUGACUUCGACAAAGCAGUCGGGGGUUGGGUAGACGGUAUUCUUGGCCAAAACGGUCUGGUUAAAAGACUACUUGGGUGGCAGGAUAAGCCGGCGGAAGGUAUGAAAAGCACCUUGGAGAACACUAAUCUCGGAGGCUUUAUUAGGUCUCCGAUUAAUCUCAAAGCUGACGCAGCCGGUGCAGCGCUCAAAGGUGUUAAUGAUAACGCCGGCAUGGCGGACAAAAUCACACAGGUCAAGCAGGCCUGCGAAAAUUUCGCCGAUGCGCUUGACGCGGAACUGAAGAAGGAACCGGGGAGCGGUGUCCUUGAAAUGGCCAAGCAGGCUAAGAAUGCGUCGAAGGAUGGUCAAUAUGAAAACAAAAGAACAUCCUUGGGAAGGGCCUUAGAAAAGGCAAACUGCGGAUGCGGGGACUGCAAUGCCAGCAGAAAUCCAGAUAAGUGCACAACCUGCGACAAGAAAGAAUGCAACCUCACGCAGGCCAUCGCCACUACCCUCGUUGCCGUGUCCUCCGUGAGCAGACAAGUCAGCAAGGAGCUUCACUCAGUGCUGCUCGGCGAGGGAACUGGGGGCAUAAACAUCGCACAGCUAUUGGAUAACGCCAAAAAGGUAACUGUUGAUCUGGACAAACAGCUUAACGAGGCGACUGCCAAACCCAACCCUCCCGGAGGCUCCACUGAUAGCCCCGCCAAAGCUGUGGACAGUAGGUUGACUGAAGUGAGGAAUGAGGUUGGUGAGAAACUUAACCAAACCUUCAAGACACAAGUCAAAGAUCCGCUUCAGCAGGUAGUGAACGGUCUUCCCUCCGCCGUUUCCGCAUUCGACAGCGAAGCUCAAAAGCAGAUCAAGGCUGCGGCCAUGACGGCGAUUACAAAGGCGGCUGAGCAGAUUGAGAUGGACAAGAGUACACAUCAGAUUAGUGUGAAGGAUACGAUGGAAACAUUCUACAAAGUUCACGAGAAGAUCAUUGAUAAAGAUAGUGGCCUCCAAAAGCAACUCAAUGAUAAAGUUGAUGAGCACAUUGGAAAGGAUGAAAAUGCUUGUGUUAACAUUAAAGAUACUCAACAGUUUACACAUUACAAAGAUCACGUUAAACAAGAUUCAGAGGGUCUUAAGCCCGGUAAAUCUCUAAAAGGCGAGCCAACCGAAGGCAAACUUCCAGAGGCGAUCGGGAAGUUUAGAGACCAAGUGAACAAUGAAAUGAACAUGAUCGGCCAAGAUGAUAAGGGUCUUAAAAAUCAUAUCGCAGCAAAGUACACGAAAUUGCUACACCAUGAAUAUACUAAGACGCACGAGGAAGUAGCAAGGAAAGUCCAUUCGGCAGUUGGGAAGCAAAUAGGGCUACCCAAGGAGAAAAUGGACGCCCACAAGAUCGAGAGCGAAGUGCACGGGAAACACGGAUGGAUCGCGUACGACAAAACGGUCUAG